AUGUCAAUUCAGACCAUCCCUGGAUAUGCUAUGUCAAUUCAGACCAUCCCUGGAUAUGCCAUGUCAAUUCAGACCAUCCCUGGAUAUGCUAUGUCAAUUCAGACCAUCCCUGGAUAUGUUAUGUCAAUUCAGACCAUCCCUGGACAUGCUAUGUCAAUUCAGACCAUCCCUGGAAAUGCUAUGUCAAUUCAGACCAUCCCUGGAUAUGCCAUGUCAAUUCAGACAAUCCCUGGAUAUGCCAUGUCAAUUCAGACCACCCCUGGAUAUGCCAUGUCAAUUCAGACCAUCCCUGGAUAUGCUACAUGUAUGUCAAUUCAGACCAUCCCUGGAUAUGCCAUGUCAAUUCAGACCAUCCCUGGAUAUGCAACAUGUAUGUCAAUUCAGACCAUCCCUGGAUAUGCCAUGUCAAUUCAGACCAUCCCUGGAUAUGUCAUGUCAAUUCAGACCAUCCCUGGAUAUGCCAUAUCGAUUCAGACCAUUCCUGGAUAUGUUAUGUCAAUUCAGACCAUCCCUGGAUAUGCCAUGUCAAUUCAGACCAUCCCUGGAUAUGCCAUGUCAAUUCGGACCAUCCCUGGAUAUGCUAUGUCAAUUUAG